CGGCACCACAGUCCACCAGUCGGUCAGACGGACGCACGUUGCAUUCACUUCAGUUGAUUAAAUUAAUAGAAUCACCAUGAUAGUGUGGUGUUUGAUGGCUGUCGUCGCCGCGACCGAGGUUUCAGCGGGGAAUUUACCUUCCUUCAUCAGUCCGUGCUCAGCGUCAGAUCCAAACCUCAACGAAUGCAUACAAAAAGUGAUAGAAGUGGUGGCUCCAAAGUUCGCUGAUGGCAUUGCUGAGCUGGGAAUAGCACCCCUAGACCCGGUCCAACUGGGCACCGUGGAGGUCAACAAUCCGGCGCUGAAGAUCACGUUUACAGACACCGUGGUCACCGGCCUGAGGGGAUCUAAAAUUAAUAGUUACAAAAUAAAUUUAGAUAAAGGCAAAGCAACGAUAGACUUCACGGCCAAUGUCACCCUGAAGGCUCAUUACGUUAUGGACGGUCAGGUGCUGAUCCUGCCCAUCAGAGGCAACGGACCUGCUAAGAUUAAAAUCACUAACCUGAGAAUCGUGGUCACCUACGACUUCACGACAGUCGCGGGCCACUGGGUGCUGACCGGCUACAAGGACCACUACAAAAUGGACCGAGCUCAGUUCAAGUUCAACAACCUCUUCGGGGGAAACAAGGAGCUAGCUCAAACAACAGAAAAAUUCACCAAUCAAAAUUGGGAGAUUAUAAUGCAAGAAAUAGCACCACCGGCGCUCAACCAGAUCAUAAGCAGUUGCGUGGAGAAAGUAAAACAACUUUUCGGAGCAGUUCCCGCCACCGAAUUAUUACGGCCGUGAAUGGUUCGGUAGAAAAUUCAUGAUUUUAUUAACUGUUAUAUUUCAUGCUAAUUCUUUAGGUUAAAUUUAUAUGUUAUGUUAUUACUAAUUACCCCUGUUAUAACUAAUUUGUCAUUAGCAACUCGCAAAGAAAGAAAACGAGACAACAAAAAAUAGUGGCUGAUGUAAUUAGUUAGAAAUUAAAAUGGUACAAAUAAUGCAGAAUUAAAUAAGAUUCUUAACGAUUAAGUCCCGUUUUGUUUCAAAAGAGAACCGCUUAUUCUUAAAUAACUAUUUAUAAUGGAAAACCAGCACCUUGACCUUAUGAAUGUUACUAAACAGUUCAAUUUUGGUGCUGUCUAAGAUUUAUCAUGUUGUAGCAAACCGACCGGUACGUCACUCUCGCGGCCGUAUGCCCGCUCGCUAUACAUAGUUAGCAUCUAUGUCAAUCUUUUCAACAGUGUAUAAUCUAUGUUCCGGGCGUUUCCGUUUUGAGUGUGAAUAGCGUGCGCCCGCGUCUAAAUGUAUUUAUUGUAUAAAAUUGAAAAUUGUUUGUGUUAAAGGAAGAUUAAAAUUCGAAGUUCGAUACUGGUGACUAACCCAUAGUUUUAAAUACCCCUGAGAUCUACCCCUCACUAUAAUGUUCAUUAAAAAUAUGAAACUAUCAGUUCGAAUGGCGCCACUUUCAACAGAAUUUCAACAGUUUUACUGUUAUUUCAUGUUAUAUAAUUAUUGAGAAGAAUGUCCCCCAACUGUUAUUCGCAUCAUCGAAAUUUGAUCAUCCUCAUCUGAUGAUAAAAAAAUUAUAUUUACGAUUUAAACUUUAGAAAUGAAGUGCCAUUUUAUCUACAGUUAAGAAGUUUAAUUUGAUUUUUUAUUUUUGCUUCAGCUGCUUACUUCAAUUCUGAAUGUGUCCUAUCUUUAAAAUAUUUGCUUGACGUAUGCGCACUUAUCUUUUUUGCAUGUAAUUUAGCAACGAUUGAUUUAGCACGUUGGCAUUUCGUGUGUUUCUUUGAACAAAUUUAAUUAUCAUUUGUAAUGUAUGUAAAUUUUGCACUAUCGUAUUUUUUGAGCAGGGAUUUUCAUCCCCCAAUCGCUUAAGUUUAAGUAGACAGAAUUCAACAUUCGCCUCUUAUACGCUCAAGAAUCCAAAGAAGAAAUACUUCGUCAAUCCUAUUUAUGAUUUAUUUCUUUUUAUACCUACCUACUUAAGAUUUGGUUAAUACACUAAUAUAUUAGAAUGUCGAUAGGAACUUUCGUUUUGACGCCAUUAAUAAAUAGCAGUUUAAUGCUGGAGUACUAAGUAGGCCUACGGCCAAAGACAUUAAUGAGAUAUCUUGGGCCAAAACUCUUUAUAAUUUCUUAACUACAUUACGUUAUGGUGUAAACUCCAUGCUGCUCUAAACUGAUAACCUUCAAAUAUCACCCACUUCAUUCUAUAACAAUAACUUAAUUUAAUGAGUUAUCAAUAUUAAACUAGAUAACGAAAUGAUAUUGGGAAUAAGUCACCAGUCAAAUCAAAACACAAUCUGUAAAAUAAAGAUGUUCUAUAAUUUCCAGGUGAAACCGUACAUACAGCUAUCAACACAAACUGGGAGCCUGUGAUCAGAGAUAUAGCACCAGUCGCCUUUGAACAAAUUAUCAAAGCAUGCGUUGAUGAGGCAAAAAAGCUAUUUGCUACUGUACCUGUUAAUGAACUAUUAAAACAAUAAAAUUAAAUUUCUUACUUAAAUGAAAUCCAACUUCAACCUAAAAUUUGCUUAAAUUACUGAUUGUAUUUUUAGUUAUAAUGAUGUAGUUUAAUAGUAAAAUGAAAAGUCUAAAUUAAGCAAGUAAUGAAACUAAUAAAUAGUAAUAUUAGAGAAUAUACAAGUGAACAUUAAAUAAUUUGUGAGGUCAGAUAAAAGAGAAGUGUUCAGUAAACAGUGAUAAUAAGUUUUAAGUACCUAUAACACCUUAUAAUUAUUUUACUAGAAUCUAUUUUAAUAAUUUAUGAAUAAAAAAUGUGAUAAA